AUGGUCGUCUCCCCCUCGGAUCGUUCCGAAAAGGAUGGAACCUUCCGAAUGACUGUUGACACCCGUGGCCCCAACUCUCGGAUCGAGCCAAUGCAUUGGUCCAUGCUGGUCCUGGAGGUCGUCAUGGCACGCCUCGUCGGGAAGAGUUGUUUCUUCGCGGUGGACUGGUUCAAGGGAUUCUGGCAAUUGGCUUUGCACCCCAACUCGAAAGAAGCAUACGCCAUCAUGGGUGUUGACGCAAUGGUGGUGUCUAACCGGGUCCUCAUGGGUCAGUCUGAUGCAGUGGCGUCCUGCACAUGCAACUUCCCAGGAGGUGUACGGCGAGCGAUACAGACAUGGUAUCGAAGCUUGGCUGGACGACGCCCUCGGAAGUGUAUCGACGAGACUGAGCUCCUGGACCUGCUAGAAUGGCUUCUUGCAAAGUGCGUGAAGUUUGGACUGAAACCCUCGGAACGCCUCUCUGAGGCCAGGAUCUCUCAUGACUCCAAGGGAUUGGCUGGCCUGGUGGAUUUACCCACCCCCGUGACGUUUGCGCUUAAACUGGAUGCGGCAGUCCUGCCGUGGCAAGUUUCGGUGGCAGCAUCGACCACAGGCGAAUGCGCCAUCGGCUGCAACUGGCUUAAGCCGUAA